UUUUCGAUUUGACGCACGUUUUGCACUCGGUGCGCACUGAGUGCAAAAACGUAUUCGAUUUGACCAAUAUUCAGUGAACUGGUGCGGUGUUUUGUAUUCGAUUUAAUUGCAUUGACAACACUCGUGCGCACUGAGUGCGCAUUUUUUGCACCGCCGAUUUUGUCAGUGCAAUGAGUGCAUUUUAUAAAUAUGAACCGUUUUUCUCGAAAACGGGGAAUAAAUUACGGCGGCCCUAUUAAGAAUUGUAUUUCUUCCCAUGUCAACAUAUUUUGUUUUCUAUAAUAUUACACAUAAAUGUAUUCGAUUUAUAAGAAACUAAUGCAAUUUUCAUGCAACACUUGCUCUGUGCCAGUGGAAUUUCAGUGCACACUAUUUUGUCAAAUCGAAAACGCUAUAAAUUAAGGUCCAUGAUCGUAGUUUAUCAAGGACACUUCGGGAACCACAUUUUAUGUUCUUAUCAUAGAUCGUUGCGCAACCAGUAUAUUAUCUUUAAUCGUGCGACGGACUAACCUAACCAGAUUCUAAUCACUAAUGUGGCAAAUGGCAAUACACAGAUUUCUACUUAGUAUUUUGGUGUAGUAGAUCGUAUUGAAGUCUAUACGGCUAUUACAAGUAUUACACCCACUUCUCGUAGAUAAAACAUAAAUGUUUAUUUUAUGCUAUGCGUCUAUAGAGGAGUAUUGCUAUUUCAUAUUUGCCAGUAUGCCAAUAAUUGCCCAUGAGUAUGGUAAUUACUAUUAUCGUUCACACUCAUUCAAAGUUUCAGUCAUUUAGUAUUUACUAAUCACUAAUUCACACAAUUCAGUCAUACACUUGAAGGUGAAGUUCAUGACUUAAAUUCAAUUUAUUAUAUAUAAUUUCAAAAUCAGUAGCCCUUUUUUCGGCGUACUAUUUUGAAACAAAAUAACUUUACAAAGCUGUAAUUUGUAUUUUCAUUUUCAUUUAUGCUAUAUUCUAUUAUACUUAUAUCAUUACAAUGGUGAUGGAAAAAAUGGAAUCUCCAAUUUAUAGCUGUCUAAUGUAUUGAAUGUAUAAAAACCGAUUAGUGAACAAAAUAUUUAAAAAGUCAUGGAUUCUAAGUAUAAAUCAAAUAAUAAACUACUGAUUGAUGACCCUCAGUUUCGAAUAAAACCAGUUCAACAAAUGGCUGCUGCUUGUACAGGAGCGUUAAUUACUUCCUUUUUUGUUACUCCAUUGGAUGUCAUAAAAGUACGCAUGCAAGCACAAUCUAGAAUAACAAGUAAACAUAAAUGUUUUUUUUAUUCCAAUGGUUUAAUGGAUCAUAUUUGUCCAUGUAAUACAUUAAAAAAAAAUACCUUUGAUAGUCCUUAUUACAGAAAUGUCCAAUGGUACAACAGGCCUAGCCAAUUUAAUGGAACUAUUGAUGCUUUUAAACAAAUCAGCAAAAAUGAAGGAAUUUUAUCUUUAUGGAGUGGGUUAAGUCCAACAUUAAUACUUGCAGUACCUGCCACAAUUGUUUAUUUUGUAUCAUAUGAACAAAUACGAUGUUAUCUUCAUGAUUUAACUAGACCAUUUUAUGCAAACAAUAAUCAAAAUCAACCUUUGUGGAUUUCUGGUAUAUCAGGAUGUGUGGCUCGUUUUGGAGCUGCUACAUCAGUCAGUCCAUUAGAACUCAUACGUACCAAAAUGCAAUCAAAAAAACUUAGUUAUUUAGAAGUCCAUCAAGCAUUGCAAAGUUUAUUAGAAUAUCAUGGCUAUAAAGGUCUAUGGAAAGGUCUUGGUUCCACACUUCUUAGAGAUGUUCCAUUUUCUGGUAUAUAUUGGGUUAUGUAUGAACAUAUUAAACAAAUAUCAGGCCAACCAACAUCAUUUAUGUACAACUUUUUAGCAGGGAGCAUAGCUGGAGCGUUAGCCGCAGCAUUAACAACACCAUUUGAUGUUGUCAAAACCAUUCGUCAAAUUGAAUUAACUGAAAAAGAAAUUAUUACAGUAGUUAUUUCAGAACCUCCUAGAAAAGCUUCCAAAUGGACAGUCAAAGCAAUUAUUGACAUAUAUCAAACAAAUGGAACUCGUGGAAUUUUUAGUGGUUUAGUUCCAAGGAUUAUCAAAGUAGCACCUGCAUGUGCCAUAAUGGUAUCUACAUUUGAAUACGGAAAAACAUUUUUUCAAAAUAGAAAUAUGGAAAUAUAUUAUAAAAAUAUAGAGGAAAUUCUUUAAUAAAAAAAUAUUUGUAAAAUUGACCAUGGUUAUUGGUUACCAUAGAAAUAACAAAUAUAUUAUUAUGUGACAUUUGUAA